UUUUGCAUCGCGUUUGUGAAGAGCUCUCUGCGGAAACAUGUUGAAUCUUAAAUCUCCAGGCGCUGUUCACUAUGCGGUCAUUGUUAUGGCGACUUUUCUGUUUAGUAUCCCAUUCGAGAUCGUUUCACCAACUGCGAGUUCGCCAAGACCCUCGAUAGCACAAACCUCUACGAAUAGUGGUGGGAAAACCAAAGGGGUAUCUGCCAGCCUCAGGAAUUCAAACUUGCAGACAGCAUCUGAUAAUGGCUCGGAUCCAGUCAAUCCGGCACAGAGUUGGAACUACUUCAAAAAACGUGGCAAAGGAAACAAAGGAAAGAAAGACAAGAAUGCCAAGGACAAUACCAAGAUUGUUUGUGACCCAGGUCCCCCUGGACCUCCAGGCCCACCCGGUCCAACUGGGCCGCCAGGAGCCCAAGUGACAGAGGCCACGAUGAUGGCGGAGUUUAGGAACAUGGUGCAAGAAAGCGCAAAUCGACGAUCAAGGCGAAUUGCAGACCAGAAUAUCAGUCUGAUGGCAGCGGGUAUUCCAGAUCUAUUGUCUGCUCACCAUAUUGUCCUCAGAUACGCAAUUACCGUUCCAAAGAAGACACACCAGGAGGUGCAAAACUUCAAACUGCCAGGUGAUCAAGCUGGCACUUUCGUGCGCGGAAGCGAUAUCAACGUGCGUUCUGGUCGAUACGUCAUACGGUAUACAGGUGUAUACCACCUUACGGCCACACUCCUAAUCUCUCGCGACAGGGACACAAAUUUGCGCCCAAGAGACUUCAUCAAAAUCAGCAUAUGUAUUAACUCACUUUGCGAAUUGAACACAGCUUUGACAACAAUAGCAGGAAUGGAAAGCAACAGUCUGAAGUUUUCAGUCACAGUUACUGGAAUGCUUAUGCUCAAGGCUGGAAAUUACGUAUCAGUUUACGUCGAGAACAACACUAACAAGCCACUUAACAUUAUGGAGGAGUCCUCUUUUUCCGGCCUCAUGAUUGGUCGAUAGGAUGAUGUCAAAGGAGGGCGUUACAAUGGUUAAGAUAAACACAAAAUUUAGCUUGACUUAAUUUACGCUCCUCAUGCAUCAGUUUUGAAGGUUGCUUUAAUAUCUAGACAUCAAUUGUAGAGUAAUCAUAUAGUUCUGGCUAGGAACUACAGGUUUUCCUUUACAUAAACUGUGAACAAAGUGUAGAGCAAUUGUCUGGGGUAAUUUUGAAACAUUUCAGUGCUCAUAUAACGUUGUAGAUAUACAGAGUUUAACCAGAGAAUAGGUGCGUAAAUAUGCUAGCAAAGAAUGCUAUCACCUGGUCUAAAAUGUUCCAUGUAUAUUUGGUGUUUUUCUAAUAAGAUAUGGAAUUUUGUUUGGUUGCAGUCGCGUGUAUCUAACUACGCCACAAAACAGUUAAGGACUUAAAGUAUACCGUUGUGAAGCCUGAGUAAAAGUUCCACUGAAACAUGCAGUGAAGCCUCGCUAAAUCGAACUCAGUUCACAUAAAAUUAAAGCUUUGAAAAUUAUCUUCCUUUGAAGAGAAUUUCCAUCAUUUACAACUCCCUGGAAUCUGAAAUGUCUUCCGUCUCCGUUAGCAACUCUAGAAAACAGGGCUAACAAUACUUCCAUGGGUUCUACAUUGCAGGUCUUUGAGCCAAAUUCUAGUGUAAAUAGUUUUAACCUCCAAAGUCCCAGUAACUUAACAGGCCCGAAGCCAUAUUUUAGAAUCAAAAUUUAAAGAAUAGAGAAGCAGGUUCUGGCUCCUUACUAAUUCAUUUUGUUUCUUUGGCUGAUAGUUUUAUUGCAUACUUUCAAAACUUUUGAAACUCCCAUCUUGAAUGAAAACAAAACAGCUUUACUGGCCCGUUAAGUUACCGGGACCUUUGGGAAACGGUUCCCUGGCUGAGUGCCGUUUCUGGAACCAAAAGAUGCGGUUCCCUUUUAUUUUCUUUACUGAUACCAUGUUUACUUAGAAAGGCACCAGAAUUAUGCAUUAUCAAAAUUUAAUUAUGGUAAAUGAUCAAAAUGAAUUGUUUAUAUCUUGCCAGUGGAAAAAGUCUAACAUAAAAAUAUUGAAAUUAAUAAAACCGACUAUGGUAAUAUUUUUUUUAGUCAUAAAAUGUUGGAGUACAGAUUUGCAUCAAAUCCUAUAACAGUAGACUUAUAAACAGUAAACAGUUGUACGUAAUAAAGGAUUGAAAUAAUCACAAUUUCAACUAUUGUCAUAAUUGCAAUAAAGACAGUUAUUACUACUUAUAUUUA